UCCAACUUUUUUCGCUGUCCGGGUUUAGGUUCUCCUAAAGCUCUCUGAGGGAGAUCAAACCACAUCCUCUUCUUUUUUUAUUCCAUCACGGAAAAAGCCCAGAGGACUCUCUGCGGGAGUGCUCGGUGCGAUUUGAAGGACGUGAGUGUGCGAAAAGUGGGGACUUUUUGAGGGACAAAGUGCGUGUGCUGCCCUCGGGAGCUUUUGCAAGUUGUCGGGAGGAUAUGUAUAAGAUGAAGUAAAGAAAAAAAAAACCUCAGCAAUGUCCUGACAAUCCCGGUGUGAAAGUGUGUGUGUGUGUGCGUGUUUUUGAGGGUAAAAGUGGACAAUUAUUGUGUGGAAAAAAAAAAAGAAGGAAGCUGGAGCCUUGCGUACACUUCUCCAUCAGAUUCCCAACGAGUUGGCAUAGGAGUGAACUGAAUUAGUUUUUUUUUGUAUUGCAAAAAGGACGUAAAAAAGGAUUUGAUUUGGAGGAAAAAGUGAGAAAAUUGCAUUUCUCAAAGAUUUAUUGCGACAGAAAAAAAAAUGUGAAAAUUAUGAACAGUAGUGGUUGAAUUGUGUGAUAAAUGAAAAUCAUGGAGUAUAUCAGAGAUGUUUAAUGACACUUUUGCACGCCUAAGGAGCUUCUCAACUGUUUCAGCGAAAUCUGUAGUGGAAACGAGUUAGCGUCGUGAUGUCAACAGCCAAACGGCUGGUACUGUCUCUACGUGGUCGCAAGGAUUCGCAAGGCACAACAGCUGGUGCAUCCUCGUCAACGCGUCUCGUGUCCACGAACAGUUCGUCGCCCGGGCAUGAACUGGAUGAAAUUGCCGUGGUGUCUGGAAGUGGUGGUGACUGUGGCAAUGAAUCUGUAGGAUGUGCCUCCUUUGGAAGUCUAGGGCAAGCAAAUGGGCCACGUCUUGUACCUGGUGCUGAUGAUGUGAAUCAUCCACCACCCCAAAGUCUAUCACAAGCCACUGGGGCAACGGCGUGGGGGCGCCUAGUGGUUGGGGGCAAUGACGACAAUGACAUCUGCGGCCAAAUGGGCCGACAGCGACUUUCCCUCAAUGGUGCCCUGACAACACCGCAAUCUAGACCGCUUGAACUCGAUGUCCUCGCGACGGCGGACCUGGCGAAUCCCACAACAAACCCCUCGCCAUUCCUGAUGCCCAGUGGCCACUACAUGGCCGGGCGUAACUCACUGAGUCGCCAGAGUCUCGUGGAUAUUGUCAGCUCCAAGUUUGGCAUGUCCAGACCGCAACUGGGUCAGAGUAUAUCGCAGCAGGGUUUCUUCUCUACAUCGCGGGAUAGUUUAUCAGCACCGUGUGUUGUCACCCGUACCCCACAUUCGCAUGUCUCGGCCACGGCGUCGGAGAUGGAUUUGUCUAGGAAAACGCAGAAAAAGGAACGAGGUCGACUGAAACCCGCGGAGCAACCACUUCUUACAUCGUGGAAUCGUACCGGAAUGCGAUGCAGUAAUGCCAAUACGAUAGGAACCAUGUCAAGUAAUCACCUCAAUAAUAGCGGCAGUGGAUGCAAUGGAGCUGAUAGAGUGGCACGUAGAUCGGGAUGCUCAUCUUCGGGUGCCUCACGGAGUCGCCCCAGUGGGAAGUGGACAUUUGUGUUUGAUCCUGCUGGGAGACUCUGCUACUACUGGUCAAUGGUGGUGUCCAUGGCGUUUCUGUACAACUUCUGGGUCAUCAUCUACCGCUUCGCCUUCCAGGAGAUCAAUGUAGAAUCCAUCGUGGUGUGGUUCUGCUUGGAUUACUUCUCCGAUUUUUUAUACCUCGUCGACAUACUAUUCCACUUUCGUACCGGAUACCUCGAGGAUGGUGUCCUGCAGACGGACUCGACGAAAUUGCGGCAGCACUACAUGAACUCAACGACAUUUUAUAUCGAUUGCCUUUGUUUGUUGCCAUUAGAUUUUUUAUACUUAUCAAUCGGAUUUAACUCAAUACUGCGAUCAUUCCGUUUAGUGAAGAUCUACAGAUUUUGGGCAUUUAUGGAUCGCACGGAGCGACAUACAAACUACCCAAAUCUCUUUCGGUCCACAUCACUUAUACACUAUCUCCUCGUGAUAUUCCACUGGAAUGGAUGCCUCUACCACAUCAUCUACAAGAAUAAUGGGUUCGGAUCGAAGAAUUGGGUGUACCACGACUCAGAAUCUGCGGAUGUUGUUAAGCAGUAUCUACAGAGCUACUACUGGUGCACACUUGCACUAACGACCAUUGGCGAUUUGCCAAGACCACGCUCCAAGGCGGAAUAUGUAUUCGUCAUCGUUCAAUUGCUCUUCGGUUUGAUGCUCUUCGCCACGGUGCUGGGGCAUGUGGCCAAUAUCGUGACGUCCGUGAGUGCAGCCAGGAAGGAAUUUCAGGCCAAAUUGGAUGGCGUGAAAACUUACAUGCGGAUGAGACGGGUACCGAAUCAUCUUCAAGUGAAAGUCAUUAAGUGGUUUGACUAUCUCUGGCUGACGCAGAAGUGCUCAGACGAGGAACGAGCUGUGUCGUGUCUUCCUGAUAAAUUAAAGGCUGAAAUCGCUAUAAACGUCCAUUUAGAUACACUUAAGCGAGUCGAAAUCUUCCAGAACACCGAGGCCGGCUUCCUUUGUGAAUUGGUGCUACGUUUACGACCUGUUCUCUUUUCGCCAGGAGAUUACAUAUGUCGCAAAGGUGAGGUUGGCAAGGAGAUGUACAUAGUGAAUCGAGGACGCCUGCAAGUGGUAGCUGAUAAUGGUAAAACCGUGAUGGCAUCCCUCAAGGCAGGUUCAUACUUUGGUGAAAUAAGCAUCCUUAAUAUGGGGACUGCAGGUAAAGAAUUGGGAAAUCGACGGACAGCAAGUGUUAGAUCUGUUGGGUACAGUGAUUUGUUUGUGCUGAGCAAAAAGGACAUGUGGGAUGUUCUCAAAGAGUACCCAGCGGCAAGAGUACGUCUCGAGGCGAUUGCAGUGAAGCGACUGGAAAAAUACAAAAAAGCUCCCUUGGAGAAAGUGGCCAUGGGUCGCUGUCAAUCUACUCCAGGUUUAGUUGAGACACGAGGAAGGACACCAAUUGAGGAAAUGUGGUUAACACCUGCGCUUCCGGCACCGGCUUACAGUCAAGCAUCAACGUUCAGUCGAGCCCCUAGUCCGAGAUCACACAGAGGGGAGCCUAGUACGGAUAGAUCACGACUACUCGAAUCUCCAGGAUCCCUGAGCCCCAGUGCACCGAGCCUCGAAGGAAGACCACGAAGUCGAGCUGCAUCCUCACAUUCAAGGACUCACUCGCAACAAAGGACACAAUGUGGGAGUUUGACACACCUUGAAUCUUCGGGAGCAACACCCCUUUUGGGUUCACACGAGGUACUCGAGGAUGAGAUAAAACGCCUCCGGGAGCGUCUUCACACGGUUGAGGCUGAGAAUUCAGCGCUCAAUUCGAAAUUGUCACAACAACAGUGGGACCUAGAGCACCGUUUGGCUGAAAUUGAAAUGCAAAUUUGUGGUGCAUCAUCUGCAUCGAGUAUCGAUCAGGAGAAUGAGGCUGAGGAAAUUGAGAGGAAUCGCGAGAGUAUCAUAUAACACGGGGGCGCGCUGCCCCAACAAGUUGCAAGGUAUGUCACCUGCAUGUCUUAAUGACACGAAGAAGUUGGACAUUGGAGUGGAUUUGUUGUGCUGCAAAGGCGAAUCUGGCACCAUUUUUGUGGUAUUUGCGGGGUGCAUGAUGGUGGCUACUAGCGUGUUUGGGCAGCUCUUUUUCUUAACCCUUAAACCCAAAAAUAAAGGAAGAAACUUUGGUGUUGGCUUAGGGAGAACCACACACAGUUUAUCCCAUAUUUGAGAUAAAGAAAAAUAAGGAAACAAACGUUCAUUGUGUACAUAGAUAAAUUCUGUAUUUGUUCCAAAAUAUGGAUUAUGUGUAAAUACCAAAAAAAAGCUAUUCAAGUGAUGUAGAAAUCAAGAUGAUUGUGUAUAAAGAAAAUUCUAUAUUAUAUAGAUUAUAUUAUCGUGAUUUCUCCAACAAAGUGGAAACAACUGAUUAAUGAAAAUGAAAACUUUACUUAUAAUAGAAAUUGUAGAUAAAAAAUAUUCUCAAUUAAAUCAAUUUGAAAGAUGAUUUUCGUGACGAAAAGAAAAUUAAUUAUUAAUCUAAAUUAGUCAGAUUUAAUUUUUCGAGAAAAAAAAGUAGAUAAAAUGUGUAUAAAAUGAAUCUUAAUGACAUAAAACGGGUAACAAACAUUGCAUAUUAAAUAUUUCCUCCAUUUAGCAUCAAACUCAAAGUUUUGCAGUGUAAGAAUUUCCUUGGACUUUCCCCCCAAAACUUAAAAAUAAAGUAUUUCUUCAAAAUAAAAUCUUAAGGAAAAAAAAUGGCCGAAAAAACCGAAAAAUAAUGAAAUUUAAUGAAAUCCCAAAAGCUUUACGAAGAAUCCUCAAACAACAAAAAAAAAGUUAGAGACACCCAUGAAGGUUCCAUAGAGAAGCGUAAAUUGAAAAGGCGAAACAGGAAAAAUUGUAUAUUGCAUUGCAUAUAAUAUGGUUUCAUGAACAAAACAUAGUUGAAAAAAGAACCACAAUUCAUAAAUCAUUCAUUAUAUUCUUUUCUUUUUAUUAAAAUACAUUUUUUGAACACUAUUUUUGCAUCGCACAUCGCAUAAAAAAAACAUAAAUGCAAUUAUGUAAAUUGCUUGAAGCGCUUGCAGGAGAAAAAUCUACGUCAUUUCACCAUCAGAAUUAAGUUUGAAAAGAAAAAUAGAAAGAAAAUAUACCAGACAAAUUAAGAAAAUCUCAAUGAGAUUUUUUUACACAUAGCAUAGAGACACAAAAAGUAUGUAUAAAUGGGAAAUAAAAGGGAAAACUAAAUGAAAAAAAAAUAGAAGAAAAGAAAAUUGUCAUUAAAUUACGCGUUCAAAAGUGAAUUCAAUGUGAUUCAAUAGACCGAGUAUAUAAAUGUAUCUUGUACAUAAAAUAGAACCAAUUGCCUAAAAAAAAAACAAACAUUGUGUUUAGCCAUACCGAAUGAGAAAGCCAAAAAAGUAAGAAGAAAGUAAAUGAUGAAAAAUUGCCAAAAAGCAGUGUUUUAGAGGAUCAGUCACGAUUUAGAUGAAGUUCCAUUAAUCAAUGUUGCACGAGUUUGUUACGAAAUCGUAUAUAUGGAAAGAAAGGACGGUCAACUAAAUUACAUUUGAGGAUGACGGGUCAUGAAAUUCAUUGUUGAGAAGUAAUAUGUGGAAAAGUUAAAUCUGCAGGACCUGCCAGGACAUAAAAUUUGUUUUACUUUAAACAACAUUAUUUUAUUUUUUCUUAUUAAAAUCUAGAAAAUAUUUUUUUCUUAGAAAUUUUACUUUUUACCUGAUUUUUGACUUGAUUUUUGAUGUCAAAUAUAAAAAGAUUUGCACCAUUGAGUUCAAAAGGAACGAUUCUUCUUUUGGUUAAAAUAUUUUUUUCAACUUCAAUGAUUUUUUUGUGCUUUGAAAAAUUAUUUUGUUAAAAAAAUCAUAGAAUCAUCUUCUCAAUUAAUUAUUUAAUUUUUAUCCUUUCAUAUCUGCACGGCCGAAAGUAGUUCAUACAUGUUUGGGUAUAACAACAAAAUCAUCUUUAUAAUCUUCGCUUUGAAAUAACCCAAAAAAGUGAUUCUAAAUAACCUAAUGAAUAGGAAUAGGCGAAUACAAAAAAGUGUAUGUCAGGGGAUUUUAAUGAAAAUUAGACCAAAAUUCCAUAUUCUAUUAACCCUUUAACGACUAAGGAAAUUUUUGACUUUUUGACUUAAGAAAUUUUUGACUUUUUUUAGAUUGAAUUUUUCACAGGUAAUUAUUUUUGUUUAUUUUAAAUCGGUUGCAAUAAUUGAAGGAUUACAUAUGUAUGUAUAUCUCGAUAGUUCCUUAAUAAUUUUUAAUUGUAUUAAGGCGUCUUUAAAGAUUCUUACAAAAAAUAUAAAAUUUGAAUUUUUUUUUUUGAAAAAAAUAUCGUAUUUAUCUUCAAAGAAACCCAAAAAACCCGAAGAACUUUCUUUUUCUUACAAAAUUUUACUCACAGAAUACUGCGUUGUUCCAUUGGUCUUUAAAGGGUUAACGAGUUCAAUUCAACUAUUGAUCUGAACUAAUUUAUUAAUAAUGAAAAUGGAUAUUUUGGUUUGCUAAAACAUUGCGCGCACCUGACACCUCUCCCACACUGCCAUUAAUAAAUUCCAUAUUUUUAGGUCGAAAAAUUGGUAAAUGAUAAUAGGAUAUAUAUAUUUCAAUUUGCUCGGAGAGAAUCGUAAUUAAAGUUCGUAAAAAAAAUCAUACAAAUUUUGCUUAAAUGUGGUCGCUGCGAGAUUAAUCUGUGAGAAAAAAUUAAUAAGGCUACAAAUUUGGAGCAUUAGCAUAGAGAUAAUUUCGAACAAAAAGAACCCUUUUAGAUAAAUUGAAACUUUUCCUAGAGAAUUUUCAGGAAAUAUUAAUUUUUCCUUUUUAUUUAAUCACAAGUUUCCAAUAAUCUCAAUGAAAAACAAAAAUAAAAAGAGAAAACCUAUUUUAUUAUUUUGCUUUGGCUAUUAAAGAUCAGUAAGACAAAGGGAUAAAUUCUCUAGGGAUUUCCCGGAGAAACCAAGUAAAGGGGACCAAAAGGUACAUAAAAUAAAUAAAUGAAAAAAAAAAUAUCCAAAAAGUACACAAUAGUGAAGUAUUAAAAAAUUGGACAAAUAAAUGAAAAGGAACAAGAACGAGGGUAUUACAUAGAAUUUAUCUGAAUAUGUUUAGAAAGUCAAUAUGGAUAGCCCAUGUACUUUCAAAAUAUGUAUUGAAAAUAAAUAAUUAAUGAAAAGGCGGAGGGAGAUGAUGUGAUUAAUAGAAUUAAAUAUUUUUCUUAAUAUUUAUUUAUUAUAGUAAAAUAGUUUUUUUUAUGUUUGAAACAUUUCCUUUGAUGUCUUUGAAUGUAUAUAAAAUGUUCGAAAAAGGUAUUAUUUUCACGAAAACCAAACUGAUUUACUUAAAGGAAUAUUUUUAGAAUUUGUUUAGAAAAAUAAUUAGAAAUUGAGUUAAGACUUAAUUUCUUUUAGAGUUUUUGAAGACAAAAUUUUCUUUUCCAUCUUUUCUGCUUUAAAAAGGUAUAAUUUUUUUUGUUUUUAGUACUUAAUGGCUCUCAGCUAUUGUGGUCUAAAUGUACUAAUUUUAGUUGUGAUUCUUUUUUAGAUCUGUUAAAUCUUUUUUAAUCUUUUACGUAGAAUAUCACAAGGAAAAGAAAAAAAAAAUAAUAAUUAAUUCAUAUUCAAAUAAAAAAAAGAAAUCACAUCAUUUCUAUCCCUUAAUAAUUCAGCAAAAUAUACUAAAAAAAAUCUCAAUUUGAACAUUAAAAAAAACUAUAAACCAUAAUUAUGUAUAUUUAUUUUUAUUUCUCAUAUACCUACUUAUCAAUCAUUCAAAAAACAUUUUAAUCUUAAUCUAUCAUUCAAAAUAGCCACCAAAAAAAGUCAACAAGAUAAAUAAAGUUGAAAAAAAGAACUAAUAGCAUAAUAAUAUAGUGCAUCUUCGUUAAAAUAAAUUUAGAUGAAUUUUGAAAAUAUACGAAAAAUAGUAAAAGAUAGUUCGAAAAAAAAUUGAUGAAAUGGAGGGAAAUGUGCGACAAUUUAAAUUUACAAUUUGUAAAUUUUUAAGAAAAAAAAAAUGAAACAAAACCGUAAUUACUAGUCAAGAAAAAAAUAUCCUUAUCAGCAGAAAGCAUGGGAGAUUUAUUUAAAAGAAAAAAAAAAGAAAUUCCAAAAAGAAAUAAUACUGCCAGAAAAAAACAAAGUUUGAUAAUUAAAAUUAUUGCAUUGAAAGAGAUGAAAACUUAAAAGAAAAACUAUAAUUACAUUUGAAUUACAUAUUAGAAAUAUUUUAUGUAAAAUAAAUAAUGUAAAAGUGAAGGCGAUAGAGUGGGAAGAGAUCUCCAGGUGAAAUUUAAUUAAUCUAAUUGCCAAAAAUUAAAUUUACCUACAAGAUGGUUAAAUGGUGGGGUGUGUAUGUGUUAAAGGGGGAUGGAAGUCAGCAAAAAAAAUAGAAUGCAAAAAUAUGAAUGUGUUGGAAGAAUAAAUCCCUGUAAUUGCCAAGGUGAAAAAAAAAACUUUUUUCAUGUACAUAGUCAUUUUUUGAGAGUAAACUCUUUGACUCUUAGGAAAGAAAAAAAUACGCCGGGAUGGCUGCUUGCCGGAGAAUUAAAUCCUCCGGCUGGCAUUCAUCCCUUUGAAAAAAAUAGUGGUGUUAUAUGCGAAGAUAUAUUUGGAGUGACGAAGAAAAUUCAUUAAAAUGAAGAAAAAAAUUUACUUUAAAAUCAAGUUAAAACUUACAUGAUAUUUGUUAAUAUAAACUACGUUUUCAAUACCAGAAUUUACUGUAAUUUCUAUGAAAUAUAAAAAAAAGAAAAAGGCAGACAGUUCAUGGUUUUAAA